AUGCCGCGACGCAGCCGGACACCUGAAGACUCCAAAGCGCAAUUAACGUCGCAUGGCGAUUCACAAUCUCACGAAGCGCGAACUCACAAGAAACACCACCGAUCGCAUCGCUCGCGCUCUCCCCGUCGUGAGGAUGAUGGCCACCGACACAAGCGACACCGUCCGCGUUCACCUGCACCGGAACCUGUAGCUUUACCCUACAAAGCGAAGCCAUUAUCGAAACGCCAGUACGAAGAAUAUAGACCGCUGUUUCAGUCCUACCUGGAUAUACAGAAACAGAUACAACUGGACGAGCUAGAUGAGCGGGAGAUAAAAGGACGAUGGAAGAGCUUUGUCAGUCGUUGGAACCGUGGAGACUUGGCCCGAAGCUGGUACGACCCAUCUAUGCUCAAAACCGCCCAAGAAACCAUACAAUCAUACCGUGCAUCCUCUCCCCGCGCUCCCACGAAGCGAGCCUCACCAAACUACACGCCAAAAGAACAAGACCUCUCAGACCAAAGCGACGAUGACUUCGGCCCGGCACCACCCACGAACCUGUCCCGGCAUCAAGGUCACGGCCCAACAAUCCCCAAACUAGACGACCUAACCUACCGCAACGAGCUCCGCGCCGAAGAUCGCGAAAAGGGCCAGAUGGAUUACAUAGACGACAUCCGCCACGCCCGAAAAACCGACCGCAAAUCGCAAAAAGAAGCCCUAGAAGACCUCGUCCCCCGCGCCGACCCCGGCUCCCGCGAGCGCGCCCUCGAGAAGAAGCGUGAAACAACCUCUACGCUAAACUCCUUCCGCGACGCCAAAGAAGCUGGAGAACUCGAAGUCCCGGAAUCCGAUCUCAUGGGCGAUGAUGGUAUUGAUAUGUACAAGAAGAAGAAGAAGGAGCAAGAGAGGCAGAAGAAUGAGAGGGAGUUGCGAAGGGAGGAAAUUGCUAGGGCGAGGGAUGCGGAGAGGAAUGAGAGGUUGGCUGAGAGGAGGGAGAAGGAGGGCAAGACCAUGGAUUUCUUGAGACAGAUUGCUGCGGAGAGAUUUGGGUAG